UAAUAACUGCAAGACCCUGUGACACACAUUUUGAGCUAUAUCCGAAGGUAGCUUACAUGGAACACGAAUAUCGAUAAGGAAAAGUAAACUAUAUCAAAGAAGAUUCUAGUUGUUGGGUGGAUUGAUCCCUGAGAUUGAAAGGAACCUUCUAUUUCCUACCUUGAAAAAAAACAAUGUCGGACGAUGGCAAAGUUGGUUUCAGGUCGUACCGCAAUCAAUUCCGACGACCUUCAGCUUUGGGUGUCCCAAGAGGAGAAUUCAAGGAUAAGAGUGAAUAUGACAAAAAUUAUAAGGAGUAUGAGGCUGAAAGAUCCAACCCAUAUUAUCAAAAGGACAACUUGAAGUACGACGGGCUUGACUUUGGCAAAGGAUCCGAAUUAAGGGAUCAAUACCAGGAUUACCAAGCCCCAAAGCCUCAAAGAAUCACUAAAUACAAUGACAACCUCACAUAUGAAGGCCAGGUAGAGACGGUAACUGGUUACAAAAAUGAUUACAAUGAGAAAAAAGUGGAACGUCCCAAACAAUCCCGGCCCAACGACUAUCUUGGACCAACAGGAGACCAAGAUUUCAGUACUGACAAAAACAUGGCUUUCAGAAGACAUUCCGUGAGUAAACCAUCUAAAGGCAGAGGUGUGGACGACAACCUUGCUUUGUCUGGGAACAGGGAAACAGAUACAGAUUACAAGCGAGAGUAUGGUGAGAAACGAGGAGAACGAUCCAGAGCUGCACGUCCCAAUGACUAUCUUGGACCUGAAGGAGACCAAGAUUUCAGUACUGACAAAAACAUGGCUUAUAGAAGACAUUCCGUGAGUAAACCAUCUAAAGGCAGAGGUGUGGACGACAACCUUGCUUUGUCUGGGAACAGGGAAACAGAUACGGAUUACAAGCGAGAGUAUGGUGAGAAACAAGGAGAGCGAUCCAAAGCCUCUCGUCCAAAUGAUUACCUUGGACCUGAAGGAGAUCAAGAUUUCAACACUGAUAAAAACAUCGCCUAUAGGCGACAUUCCAUAAGCAAGCCAUAUAAAGGUCGUGGUGCAGAAGACAAUUUGGGUUUGUCUGGUGAUAGAGAAACAGACACGGAUUAUAAACGAGAAUAUGGCGAAAAGCAUGGAGAACGCUCUCAAGCAUCCAAGCCUCAAGAUUUUUUACGCCCGGAAGGAGACCGGGAUUUCGACACCGACCAAAAAUUGGCGUACCGGGGGCAUUCUGUAAGUAGGCCAACCAAAGGAAAGGCCCAAGGGGACUCCUUGGGGCUUGAAGGAGACUUGCAAAAUGACACUGAGAACAAACGGGAAUAUGGAAAGAAGCGGGGUGAACGAUCAAAACUUACCAGACCGUCAGACUACCUGGAAACCGUUGGGGAUCAAGAUUUCAACACUGAUAAAAAUAUGGCCUACAGGCGACAUUCAGUAAGCAAGCCAUCAAAAAAUCGCGGUAAGAAUGACACUUUGGGCCUUGAAGGAGACUUGCAAAGUGAUACUGACUAUCGAAGUGAGUAUGGCGAGAAAAAGGGGGAACGAGUUAGAGGCACGAGGCCUGUUGAUUACCUGGAACAACAAGGUGACCAAGAUUUCAUCACUGAUAAAGGCAUCGCAUACAAAAAUCAUGAUGUAAGCAAGCCUGAUCGCUACCGUGGAAAGGAGGAUAACCUUUUCCCAGAGGGUGUCAUGAACGACGAGACUGAUUACAGGCGAGAAUAUGGCGAAAAAUAUGGCGAUAAACCCAAGGCUUAUCGCCCUGAGGAUUUCUUAGCUCUUGACGGCGAACGGAAUUUCCAAACUGACAAUAACAUUGUUUAUCAAAAACAUCAAGCGUCCAGACCUGAACGGUAUCGAGCAAAAGGUGAUAAUUUAGUGCUGGAGGGCAACUUGGAGGAUGAAACAGCCUAUCGCAACCAAUUUCAAGGACGAGGCGGAGAACGCGGGAUAUUGCAAAGACCAGGCGAUGUCCUAGGACCAGACGGAGAACAAGAGUUUUAUACCGACAAACAGAUGGCUUACCAAAGGCAUGCAGUUGAAAGGCCAAACAAGCAAAAAGGCCGUAACGCCACCUUGGCUAUGGAGGGUGACUUUGAACGUGAAACUGAUUACCAACUCGAAUACAGCGAGAAGCACGGAGAAAAGCUAAAAGGUCAUCGCCCAGAUGAUUAUUUGGGGCCGUAUGGUGAACAAUCUUUUGAUACGGACAAAGGUAUCGCGUACCAAAAACACGAAGUGUCUAAACCCGAGAGAUACUCCAGAAAAGGUGACCAUUUGAUCAUGGAAGGAGAUUUGGAUGAUCGAACAGCAUACAAACAGGAUUACCAAGAGAAAUACGGAGAUCGACACAAACCCUAUAGACCCGAAGUGAACCUGGCCUUGGAGGGGGAUCGAGAAUUUGACACGGACAAAAACAUUGCAUAUACCCGACACGGGGUGGGUAAACCUAGCAAAUACAAGGCCAAGGGCGACAGUCUCGCUCUGGCAGGAGAUCUUGAGAAAGAAUCAUACUAUCGUCAAGAAUUUGGCGAGAAGAAGGGGCAACGCUUAGCCCUAACAAGGCCUCAUGACAUUUUAGGCCCGGAGGGGAGUCAAGACUUCGAAACACACAUUUCUCGGGCUUACCAAGUACAUGAUGUGAAAAGACCCGAACGUAUGAAAGGACAUCACGAAGGGCUGAGCAAGAAUGAAGGGUCCAUGGAUUCCAGUACAAAGUAUGCAGAAGACUUUCAAGGAACCUUGUCGGACCGAACCAAACCAAUCAGGGCUGCCCAUAACCUUAAACCUAUGAAUGCACCUUUAGAGGGUACCAGCGAGUAUGACGGUCGCUUUUUGCCUCAUGAGCAAGAUAUUACGGAACGGGCUCAGGCUAGACGUCCAAAAAGUCAGUUGGUGACAAAUUCUCAAGAAUUUGAAAAGGACUCUGAGACCAAAAGGCAGUUUUCCCUCGUCCAAGGCCGGGAUGACCUACUCAAACGGGGCCGAGAAGAGCAAGUCCGGGCCAGAAGAGCCAAUGCAACUGACAACUUGAGGCAAAACGAAGGCCGAUUGGAGGGCGUGUCGGAGACUCAAUCAAAAUAUGACGUAAAACAACACGAUAACCAGAUGUCAAAAGGAACGAGGAAGGAUAACCUGACGUUGAAUAAGGCCAAAAUGGAGGACCUUACCGAAGCGAAAUCAAGCUUUGAACCAAAAUAUGGCAGACGCUCUGGCGUCAGAAAGGGCCCCCAACCAGAUAAUCUGAAAUCCAAUCAAGAUCCCUUUGAGGGUACGUCCGAUACUAAAGCUAGCUACGGGAUCACUUCAGUGUCAAGAACAAAACCCAUCAAACCACGGACAAGUCUUCAACGCAACGAGGGCAAGUUUGCCGAGGGAAGCAUCACGAAAUAUUCUUACGACUACCGCAGUGGUUUCCCGACGAAAAAACCUCAAAAGGUCCGAGUGGGAAGUCAAUUGCGUCCUAGAGGAGGUAUAGAGGGUCAAACAGAAUACGCAGACGAAUACUUGAAGACAAACGGAGAGAGAGCUGAUUGGAUGGCAGUCAACGAUCUCCUUACCCCAUUUGGACACCAUUCCCACGAAACCAGACAUCUCGGUCAAGUAGAACAUGCCCUUUGAAAAAAAUAUCUGUGAUUGUUCAAACUGCCUUCCUAAUUGAAAAAGCUAACAUUUACCGAUUACAAACAUAUUUGCCCUGACAGUAACAUUAUACAUGAUACACCAUAGCAACUCAGCGAGCAUCCAUUUUUUCACUUCAACACUUCAUUUCACGGUGACGGCCACACAAGCUAACCGUCAUCUGACUCGCAGUUUCCCGUUCAAAAAGCUCGCUCGCUGGGAAAAAGCGUCCCUCCGCUCCUAAAAGAUCUUGUUCUCUCGAACGUGAAAUGAUGCCGAUUUUUGAGCGGCAGUUGAAAAAGUGAGUUUGGUGUUGAAAGAUGUGAUACGUUCGUUUAAAACAAAGACAUUGUUUAUAUUUAUAUUUACCGCUCUUGUGAUAAUACACAUCAAAACGUUCAAGGUA